GAAGUCGCCGACGACACACUGAACUGUGCAUACGUCAGUGCUCAGGGUUGCUUUGAGUUGCAUUCGGGCGCGCGUAAGUGAUGUUAUCGCAGCACUCGAUGAAUUAAACAAUGCGAAAAUACACCGAUUGUUUUUGGAUAUUUGUUCCAUCUCCGUGAUCUUUAAACAACGGCGGAAAGAUCCAAAAAAAAAGUUGUUGUGAGGAUGCCAGAAUUUGAACGUUCCGGGGAUUAUACAAUACUUUUGCAACAAUAUAGAUACUAUCAGCACAGCAUCAAUGCUUCCUUCAAGAUUUUUCCGCGCACUAUUCAGUUUUACAAAAUAUGCCCACAAAAGCAUUACAAUUGGCUUGCACCCCAACAAUUCGAUCAGAUCGAGAAUAAAUUAUGGCAACUGCUCGACAGCACUGCUGAUUGGCAGAAAGAUGCGCGUGCCCUCCAGACGGUGUGGCUUAUUGAUGAAAACGUUCAGGUCAACGUGAAAGCAGGCGAAGACCAGUCGCUGGUAAAGGAAAAGUACCAACUGCAGAAUGUAAAUCUCAGUUUAGAGUUGGAGGUUCAAUAUCUACCACAAGCGAACUCGCCGCAGAAGAAGCUCGCAGCUAAGUCCGUAGUGGAUUUUGGUGCCCGGGUCAGCAAAAGAAAAAAAGGAAAUGCAGAAAAUCUAUCAGCGAAAACAAGUAUAAGCCCACAUCAAGAAAAGAUGUCCACAAAUAGCGAAACCACAGGAUCCAAAAAAAGCAAGAGACGUUCAGUAUCGCAAGGCGUCAAGUCUAAUGACAAUUUGCAAUUAAAACCUGCUCCACAAGUGGAUAGAGGCAGAUCCCGGCAUCGUGAUGACGUCCGUCCCCAGCGCACUGCAACUUCACUUGAAAACAUCGCCCCUCGUCGUUCCGACCGUUCCCCUGUGAAACCUUUACAUUUGAAAGGCUACGUUUUGGACAAAAAAUACGCACGAAACGUAAAAUCAGCGAAGAAUGUAAAUGGAGAUGCAGAGUCUGUAAGAAAACGACGCGGAUCGAACAAGGAAAUAGUGGAAUGUGAAGAACCUCCUAGCCACUCUGAGAAACCAACACGAAAGCCAAAAACAAAGCACCAUUUUGAUGCACAACAAAAUGAGAUAAUAAAAAAAAGGCGUGACACGUCGAAGGAAAAACCUGCAGUUGCCUCAAAUAAAGAAUCCAAGCCCUGGAAAUUUCAGCAGCUUGAUGGUGCAACUUCGGGUAUCAAUUUUAAUGCGAUCAAAAAAAUGACUUCUUUGCUGGAAUUAAAAAAACCGCCGGCCGUUAAAAUAUUAUUACUGGACAUGAGCAAGGAAUACGUUUUAGGCACUUUCGACACAUACCAAUCAGACUUUAAUACGUUCUUUUCGGAAAACUCCCGCCAUGCAAACACAAAUAGCUAUAAGAACAUUAACCACCAAGAUGUGAUGGAUUUUCUCACAGACGAUAUACGCAAAUCCAUGAUACAGAAACUACUGUCGUUGUAUGGCAAAAAUGGCGUUAAUGUUUCUCUUGUGAUCAAUGGAUUGUUGCCCAUGUGGAUAAUUCGUCUCUUCAUGCAGAAAUACAAUUUGGAACUAAGCCAGGCGGUAGCACAUAUCAGAGCCCAGGUGAAAUACAGCAGCUACUUAAAGGCAUUACAUGAUGAGCCGAUCAGCUCCGACUUAGAUAUUUAAUGCAUUUUUAAUUUUAAAUUCAUUAUACAUGUGUAUUUCUUUAAUUUUUGUUUGGAUCGACAUGUUCAUACUCCAUUCAUUUUGUAAAAAAGUAAUCACUAUUAUUAUAGAUUAAAGAUUUUAUUUGAGCAUAA